AUGAGCUAAGCUUAUAAAGAGCCUCCAAACUACUUUGGAAUUAGGUUUUGCUCUAUGGGUUGCAACGACUCAUAAACACAAAAUGAAAUCAGUGGAAGCUAAGUUGGAGCACUACAGAUGCUCUAAAAGAUUAAUGAAAAGUAAAUGAGGCAAUAAAUUAACUUAAAUGAUUCAAAGGAAAGUGAUAUGUUAGAUGGCUUGUCUGAAAAAUUAGAUGACUCCUUAUAAAAAAAGGAUUUUGUUUAGCCAUCAUUAACUUAAAAAAAUACCUUAAGCUCUUUAAAAAUGAAAGGAAAUUUAUAGAGCUCAUAAUAAUCUAGAUUGAAUAAUAAUGAUACCUUCAAGCCAUAUUAAUAUUAAAAUGAUCUACAAAUUUAAGAAUAAAUGGUAUCUUAAUAGAAUUAGCCAAUGUAGUUUUAAUAGGGGUAAUAGCCCUUGGCCAGAGUACUGGGAUACGAGUAUUCAGAAAAUGCAGAAUCAGGAGAAGACGAAGAUAUUCAAAAAUAUCAUUAUGAAAAUGAAAAUAUAGUUAAGAGGUUUGAAUAGAGGUUUUAAGCAGAUAAAAAUGCUUCUUUAUUGAAUAAGGAUAUUUCUUAAAACUAGCAGAAUAUGGAAAACACAAAUUAAUUUAUUCAAUUUUUAUAGGAAUCACAAUAGCAAGAUAAUUUAGAAAGCUCAGAAAGAUUUAAUGCUUAAAACUUUAGUAGUAGGAAUACUAAUUAUAAUAGUAAAAAAGAUUAACUAAACUAAUUUAUUAGUUAGGAUCCUUCUUUUAAAAAUUUACAAGAAGAGCAAAUAAUUAGCCCUAGGUUUACUGAAGACACAGCAUUCAUAAAUAAUGCUUAGUUAUAAAAGAUUUUACAAUAAAAAAUAGAUUAGGAUUUAUUACUCAUUGAUUAAAUAAAAAACUAAAAUAAUCAAUAAUUAGCUUAUAAUUAUGCUCAGUAUUAAAAUGCAGCUAGUUUAAACUCUCAAAAUUUUACAUAGCAAAACCCUCAAGAAUAGCAGUCAUAAUAAUAACAAUAACAAUUAUAGUAGUUACAAAUAAUAACAGAUGGAUAAGAUAUAUAAGACAAAUAUUCAUAGAUGAUGAAUGGAGUAUGUAUCAGUAAAAGAAGCGAAUAAUCUAUCAAUUCUGAUGACUAAAAUUAAUAUUUAGAAAAAGUCGCUGGUGAUAUCAACAAUUUAAGUUAAAAUAUUUAAAAAUAAAAAUUUUUAAGAGCACAAAAUAGUUUGCAAAAUAUAAAUCUUAAGCAAAACAGCUUAAAUUAAAUAUAAAAUUUUUAAAGGAAUAAUUCGUAUGACAGAAGUUAGUAAUUACAAGAUGAAAAAAAUAUUUACCCUCAAAACUUCUAAACUAUUUCUUAAUUAAAUUAGUAAAAAUAAAACUAAAAAUUUAAUGUAAACAGCUAAGGAUAGCAAAUGUAUUAAAUUCCUUAAGGGUAUGAAGUAGUUAAUAUAAAUUCUUAUUAGUCAGAAAAAGUGAGUUUUUAAAGUGAAGCUUAAUAAAUUAAGUAGCAAGAGGGAGAUAGACCUAUCACUGUAGAAAGUAGCCAUGGCACAGAAUAUACCUCUUACUCCUAGAGAAACUUAAGCAAGACAUUAAAUAAUCCAAAUAGCAAUAACAAUGCUAAGUUAUUAAAUUCUUUGCCAACAACCAAUAAUCCUUUAAAUUCUUACUUAUUUUUGAACUCAGCUCCUUUGGAAAAUCAGUCUCAAUUAAGCAAUUUGAGAGAUUAGGAAAUUUCAGAGGAUAUAAAAUGUAACUAUUCUUAAAGCAUUAAUGAAAUUAAUCCUGUAGACUAAGAAUAGUAGGCAAAACAUUAUUUAUUACAUCAGCAUGAUAAAAAGAAAAAAAGAGAUUUAGUUUCAGAUUCACAUCUUUUUAAUAGCUUUAACAACACAAACUUUUUUUAGAAUUAAACCAUCCAAAAUAACAGUGUUCUUUAGAAUAGUAAUCUUAAUUAGAGUAACUAAGGAAUGAAUACUUUACAUAAAAACAGCUAGAAUCGAGUAGUAAACCUAUCAACCAAUAGUGAAGUACAUGAAUAUUCUAAAUCUAAAACACCUUUAAAUGAAAUUCCUGUUACUCCAUCUCAUGUUAAUAAUUUUACCUCUUAUGUCGUUUUGAAGGAGCAGAAUAAUUAAAAAAACGAUAAUCAUGAAAAUGAUGACCAUGAUGCUUAAGAUAUUAAUAGAGAUAGUAUUUAUUCAAAUAAUACACAUUAAGGAAGCAGCGUUUAAUAGGGUCAAAUCGAUAUGUCUCAUAUAAUGAAAAAGGUUAAGGAUAUUCAAGGAUAAGAGUAGAAGGAAUUUUAAUAAAAUUAAGUUAUGCUAAAUAGCUUUAACACACAAAGCAUUCCUUUGGCAAGCAUAAAUAAUUAUACAUCUAUCAAUUAAUAUGCAUCAAUUAAUCAAAAUGGAAAUUAUGAUACUGCAAGAACGGUAUCUCAAGUCAAUUUAAAUAGUCACCACUUCUAUGAUGCUAUAAGUAGUAAUUAAUAGCUAAAUCAAGUUACUACUUUAACAAAUUCUAUUGAUGGUCGCAAAAAGAGUGAGUGUGUCCUCACUCCUAAGAACUAGAAAAAUGGAAUCAUUUCCUCAAAUCCAAAUUUAUAUUCUUAAUACACCUUCAAGUAGUCUGAUACUCCUGAUCCUUAUUCAAAAGAACUAAACACUAUCUAACUUUCUAACUAAAUUCAAAAUGUGAUAUAAGAAACUGAUAGAGCACUUGAGCAAACUAUCCUAGAUUAAAAUUCUAACAACAAAAAUAAUCUAGCCUUAUCGCUUUCACCUGAAAAUGAAUAAAAUUUAUUUAUGCAAGAUUAAUAAAAUUUAAAUUUGUAAACUAUGAAAGAAAAUACUGAGGAUAGCAGAAUUCCUGAUGAUGAAAAUAAGCAUUAUAUUCAUGAAGGAAGUAUAGAUAUAGAUCCUUCAUAUAAAUUGAGUCCUAAAGUGAAAUCUUAAUCAAGCUUAUCUAACAAUUAGAUCUUUAAUGAGAAUGCAUUGAAGAAUCUAAUUAAUAGCAUUCAAUAGUUGAGUAAUCACUCUUCCAAUAACCCAUCUAAACAAUUACAAGAAAUAUCAUAGUAUUAAACUAAUAAAGAGUUAAACGUUACUUAAAAUGAAAAACUUCAAUAUGGAUCUUAAGUUUCCUCUCGCUAGACAAGUCCCUUUAGCAAGCCUUCACUUUAUUUAGAAAAAUUAGAGUAAAUUUCAUCUCCUAUAGUUAUAGAUCCAUCUCCUAAAUAUACAGAUUAAAAUUCCUUGUCAUAGUUAUCCAUGAAAGCUAAUAGCUUUAGAGAAGAAAAAACUAAACAAUCAGGAAGAUAAAACUCUUAAAUUUUGAAUAACACAAAUUAAGAGCUUCUUGAUAAAUAAAGGAUAGAAGCAGCUCUCAUGAAUAAAGAUGAUGAGACAGAAGACAACCAAAAAUUAAUCUAAAUAAUUUAACAAACAGAGUAAAUGUAAUAGCAACUAUACUCUCAACAGUAAGAUCCAGUUAAAAAAGCUUAAAACACUCAUAAUAAUUAUAAUUUAUAAAAGAAUCAUGAAAUAGAAGAAAAAAUGUUUGAGCAUAUUAACAUUAAUAAAGCAAAUUAAAGUAGUGUAUAAAGUAGCGAAAACAAUUACAAUAAUUAAUAUUAUAAUGCAUAAUACUCUAAUUAAGCUUAGAAUUUGAUGAUGAAUCAUCCAUCUAAAUAAUAUGAAAACACACCUAAUUUUGAAAAUUCAGAUCAAAGUAAUUAAAAUGCUAACUAAUUCAAUAGUAAGUAUAAUCAAAAUUAAGCAUACUAAGCACCUUCAUCUUUUUAGCUAUCGAGAAGCUAAGAUUAAGAUCGAAGUUAAUAUCAAUCAAUUUCUUACACACAAAGACAUGAUCGUCAUCAACUUCCAGUAAAUAAUAACUUAAUUAAUCAACCCAACUAAAUUUAAUAAAAUAUUCAAAAUAAUUUUUAAAACCAAUACUUUUUAAAUCCUGAUUAUCAAAUUGAUAAUUAAGGUUCUGUUAUAAAUCGCGAUAAUUCUAAAAAUCUAUCACAAGCAAGUUCAAUCAGAUUAAAUAAGUCUUUGCAGUAAAAAUUAAAUGAAAAUAACUAAGAUUGGAGUUAAAAUAAUGAUGGCACCAUCAUUUUUACUAGAGAUGGUUUAGAAUUUACAAAUUUUGAGUCUACAAACGAAAACUAAUUUUUGAAUUCCUCUAAAAUGCAAAGAGAAUCUCAUCAUCCUUUGUCUUCAUAAUUUGAAUAAAGUUAAAAACCUUCUCUUUAAUAAAAUAAAUCUAAUUAACCUUAGUCAUAAUAGAGUGAAAUUUAAAGCAAAUAAUUCUCUAAUUAAUAAGAUCAUCAAUAUUAAGAGUAAAAUUUUGAGAAAGUUUCUCCUGAUGUUUAAAAAAAAAAUCGUUCACCAAGUCCCGUGUAGAUUAAGAUGACAAAAUCAAGUGAAUUAAAAUAUUAAGUUUCCCAAGAAAGAAUUAAAUAGCUAAAUGAGAAAGUUUAAAAGAAAAAAGAUUUGGUAAAUUAGAGGGAAUAAGAAUUUUAAAAGAGAAUUGAGGAGAAAGGUUAGAAGCAAGAAAAUUAAGUUAAGGAAUAAAAUAAGUAACUCAGAAUUUAGAAUUUAAGACUUAAAGAACAAAAUGAGCUAUUAAAGAAGCAAAUGGAAUGUAUCAUAAAUGUUAAUUAAAACGUUAACACAAUUUAAUCAAGUUUGAAUGGAUUUAAUUCAACUUCGACUAAUAAAUAGUUUGACUCAGCAGUAGCUUCAUCAAGACUUAACUCAACUCCCUUAAAAAAUUCUUAAAAAAGUCCUGUUAAAAAUCAAAAAUUUUCUUUUAAAAUGAAGUCUCCAUCUUUACACUAACUUAAUAACUCAUCUUAUCAUAGUUUAACAAAAAGCAACGUAGCUUAAGCCACUUUACCUGUUAUUUCUAUUCAAAUGAAUUUAAAUAGCAAUUAAACAACAUAUUAAGAUCUAGAUAAUCAUUAAAAAAAUGGGUAAAACAUACCAGUCAACUUUUUACUCAACCAAAGUAAAAGUAUUUAAAAUUCAAAAACGAAUACUCCCAACAACAAUACAUUUUAUGUAGAUAUAUCUAAAACUCUCCAACAAACAAAAAAGAGCAACUAAGACAUAAUAAGCAAAGAUCUAUCAUCUAUAAAAUCGAAUAAUAAUCACUUCAUAAGCAAUUAUGAAAGUUAAAAAUCUUCUAUGUUCGAUUUAAAUAAUCAAGAUCAUCCUUAAAUAAAUUACUCUCCUAAAAAUAUUUAUGAUUAUGACUCUAAUACAGAUUAUUAGUCUAACAACCCUUAGUUGUAAUACAACAGUUAGAAUUAGAUGGCUCCUAUAACUGUUUAACAUUUAGUUCAUGAAGAUCCUUAAAUAAAUAAUAACUAUUCCUAAUUUAAUCAUUUAGAUAAUGAAUUGAUUACUUAAAAUAAUCACAGCUAAAAAUUUAUUGAAUAAAGUUCUGGAAAUUAAGAGCAAUUUAAUCAUUAAAUGAUUCCGACUUUUUCUAAAGUUUCUUAACAAUCAAAAUUAUUAGAUUCAUAUGGCAACAAUAGCUUAGGUGAUAAUUAUACCAACACAAAAGAUACAUUUUAGUAGAAUAGCCCUGAACAAUAAUUAAAAGUUUCAGGCAAGCAUUUCAGAUCCUUUUCAACGGCAGCAGUAAACCAAACUAAAUCAAGUAUUUCCUCUAAACCUCAAAAUCAGCUAUUUGAUUCUAAAAAUUCUAUUGGAUUUGAUAAUUUAUAGCCUUAUAUUAAUGAAUCUUAGAAAUAAAAUUAGAAUGAAUCUGAUAUGAAAGCAAGUGAAGGUAUGAACAGGCAGAUUGAAUAGAACUAUGUUAAAAAGCAGCAAAACAAUCAAUUAUAUUCCUCAAAAGAAAGUUAAAAUGGCAAUUAUAAUACAAAUAAUUCUAGAAGUUAGUAUCAGUCUUACUCAACAGCUAAUACUGCAAGGAAAAAUGAGAUGAGUAAAAAAUAAAAUAUUGAUGAAAACAAAAGCAAAAAUGAGUACAUUAUGAGUGCUCAUUUAGACAAUAAAAAGAAUAGUUAGUAAGCUCUUAAAUAAAUUGGAGGUAUUAGAGAGAAAGUAGAUCAGGAAUUAAAAAAAUCAAAUAUAACUGGUAAGUACAAGUUAGUAUAAAAUAUAGAUAAUACCUAUUCUUUAAUGCAAAAAAACACUAAAUAGCCUCUUCAGCCAAAUUAAAUAUCUUCUAGUGAACUAACAAAGAAUUAAUACAAGAAUAAUUUUAUGCCUCGUCAGUAUAAUCCUGAAGAAUUUAAAAAAAAGAGUAAAAAUGAAUAUAAAAGCCAAGAGAAUCAGGUUUAAAUCUAAUUAAAUCAGUAAUAGGCCAAAGGAAUGCUCCCCGAUUAAAAUGAACCAAUUAAAGAACCUCUUAAAUUGGUUAUUAUGCCUCAAAUUGAAAAUUCUAUUUCCCCUAAUUAAAUUUCGAAUAUAUCAGAUUAAUCCAAAUAAUUGUAAAAUGAAAGAAGCUAAAUAUCUACCUUCCAAAAGAAAAACUCAUCACCUUCAUUAACUUUACCAAAGACAAAUAGUAACCUUUCAAUAGGUCUAAAAAGCCAUAGAAGUAUCUAAUAAAAUACUGCAGUUGAAUUAUCAAGUAAUUUUAUUCCUCAAAAUAUGAGUAAUAUAAGUAACAACAGCAAGAAUUUAUCUUAAAUAAGUCAUAAUUAAUUUAAUAAUGUGCCUUCAUAAAGCUAAAUUAACUCUCAAUAUAAUACCAAUACUGCAUAGACGACAUACCGUUCAAAUACAAACAAAUAGAAUGAGGACACAAAUUAUCUAAUAAAUAAUGCAAUGAGCUCAAUAUUCUAAAAAAUAGAAAACUGCUAUGACAAUAUAUAAGCUGGUUACGAUGAAAGUGUAAGUGCUUUGAAAAAAGAAACAAAAUGA